AUGCAAAGGAGCUGGGAAAGCGGAGACUUUUGGGUGGUGUACGCGGUUUUGCAUAGCUUUGCGUUUGACGCGAUCUACUGGCAGAAAAUCGACCAGCAAUUCUUUGGGCCUACGAAGACCGACGAUCCUAGCGAGGCAUGGAAAGAGCGGCUGGACCUGCUGGAAGACAGUCAAAAGGUUGAGAUGGAGCGGCUGGUGACGAAAAAGCUUGAGGAGAUGGAAGAUAGGGGUUUGGCGUGGGAUCCGGAUGAGUAUACUGAGGCAUUUCGCCAGGCGUUGAUGAGAAAGAGAGAAGAGAAAGCCAAUGAGGUUGACGAAUUCUAA